AAAAAUGGGAACAUCCCAACCAACGUCCCAAAACCCCACCGCCGUCUCCACCAACCCCCACCUCACUCACUCCCUCUGCAAAAACCCUAAUCUCUCUCUCUCUGGACGCCUAACAAUGCAAGCGACUCUCAUCUCCCCUCACGCGGCUCCUAUUAGCCACAUCUCCGCCUACUCCAAUCGGAGGAGGCCCGUGCGCCUCCCUCCUCGCGCCUCCGUCGCCGUGUCACCCCCAUCGGAGGAUGCUGCAGCCGCCGGAGUCAAACUGAACAAGUACAGCUCCCGCAUAACGGAGCCCAAGUCCCAGGGCGGUUCCCAGGCCAUCCUCCACGGUGUCGGGCUCUCCGACGACGAAUUGUCGAAGCCCCAAAUUGGGAUCGCCUCCGUCUGGUACGAGGGCAACACCUGCAACAUGCACCUGCUGGGGCUGUCAGAGGCGGUUAAGGAUGGCGUUCGGGAGGCGGGCAUGGUGGGAUUUAGGUUCAACACGGUCGGCGUGAGUGACGCCAUUUCCAUGGGCACUCGGGGGAUGUGCUUCAGCCUGCAGUCGAGGGACUUGAUCGCCGACAGCAUCGAGACUGUCAUGUCUGCUCAGUGGUAUGACGGGAACAUCUCCAUUCCCGGUUGUGACAAGAACAUGCCUGGUACGAUAAUGGCGAUGGGACGCCUCAAUAGACCGAGUAUUAUGGUUUAUGGUGGAACGAUCAAGCCAGGUCAUUUUCAAGGUCAUACUUACGAUAUAGUAUCAGCCUUUCAGGUCUAUGGAGAGUAUGUAAGCGGUGCCAUAAGUGAUGAGCAUAGGAGGAAUGUUCUUCUAAACUCCUGUCCCGGAGCAGGAGCUUGUGGUGGAAUGUACACUGCUAAUACAAUGGCUUCUGCUAUUGAAGCUAUGGGAAUGUCUCUCCCCGGCAGCUCGUCUAUACCUGCUGAAGAUCCAAUGAAGUUGCUAGAGUGUCAUUUGGCUGGGAAACACCUUCUAGAAUUAUUGAAGAUGGAUCUGAAGCCAAGAGACAUUAUUACUGAGAGAUCACUGCGUAAUGCCAUGGUCAUAGUUAUGGCACUUGGUGGAUCCACUAAUGCCGUUUUGCACUUGAUUGCAAUUGCAAGGUCUGUUGGGAUAAAGUUGACUCUUGAUGAUUUUCAGAAGGUUAGUGACAAAGUUCCAUUUCUGGCUGAUCUUAAGCCCAGUGGAAAGUAUGUCAUGGAGGACAUGCACAAGAUCGGAGGAACACCUGCAGUCAUUAGGUACCUCUUGGAGCUUGGGUAUUUGGACGGGGAUUGUAUCACAGUCACGGGGAAAACACUGGCUGAAAAUGCAAUAGCUGCUCCUUCAUUGGCAGCAGGGCAGGAUAUAAUUAGACCUGUGGACAACCCGAUUAAGAAAACCGCCCACAUUCAGAUUUUAUACGGAAAUGUUGCUCCUGAGGGUUCUGUGGCAAAGAUUACUGGGAAAGAGGGCCUAUAUUUUUCUGGUCCUGCACUUGUCUUUGAAGGAGAAGAAUCUAUGAUCGCAGCUAUUUCAGAAGAUCCUAAAAGUUUUAAGGGAAAAGUAGUUGUUAUUAGAGGAGAAGGGCCUAAAGGUGGACCCGGUAUGCCAGAAAUGUUGACUCCCACCAGUGCAAUAAUGGGGGCAGGUCUUGGGAAGGAGGUUGCAUUGCUUACAGAUGGUAGGUUCUCAGGCGGUUCACAUGGAUUUGUUGUUGGACACAUUUGCCCAGAAGCUCAGGAGGGCGGCCCCAUAGGUCUCAUAAAGAAUGGGGACAUAAUCACCAUCGAUGUCCAAAAGAGGAGGAUAGAUGUCCAACUGAUCCAGCAGGAGAUGGAAUACCGGAGGAAGAAGUGGACCCCACCACCCUAUAAAGCUAGUCAAGGAGUUCUCUUUAAGUAUAUCAAGUGCGUGAAAUCAGCUUCAAACGGGUGCGUGACGGAUGAAUAACUGAUCGAGGAAGCAGGUUACUUUCACUGUAGAGCAAGCAUGAAUCAGCGGCAUGUUGAGGAUUAUUGAUCCGGGGCAGGUUUUUGCUUCUUUAGGGUUAUGCUUUGGCUUAGUAUGUAUUCUACCAGUUUUAGAUUAGUUUAUUCAUUUGGUAUCCGAGGACGAGUAAAUUUUUUGUCAAUUUACUUCUUGCUUGUCUGGGUUUUGUAUCAAUGGACCAAAUUGUGUAUGCAUUUUAUUGAAAAUCAAUCGGAAGGUUGGUGGUCUACUAAGUA